AAUGGCGGAGCCUCUCAACACUGAACUCUCUUCCUCUAAAACCCUAAGCCCAAUCAACGGUCACGAUUCCACCUUCGAACCGCAUCAAACGGCUCCGCAAGACACUCAAAUCCAUCAUGAAAACGACGACCUCGUUCCGACUGAGAAACGUAAGAGGGAAGACGGUGACGGCGGCGGAGCCGGAGCCGACGCCGACCGUUCGCUCCAUCCGCUGUGGAAGACCAGCCUCUGUUCCUACUUCAGGCGCAAUGAUGACUCCUGCAGCCACGGCGGCGCGUGCCGCUACGCGCACAGCGAGGAGGAGCUCCGCCGUCGACCCGACAACACGUGGGACCCGACUUCCGAGCGAGCGAAGAAGGCGUUGAAAUCCGAGGCGGGCGAGAAGUGUGACAAUUCGGAGGGUGUGAUGAUGACUGAGGCCGUCGUCGACGACGAUGUUGACGGCAGUGGCUCCAGUCACGCGCUUAGUAAAUGCUUAGUGCAUUUGCCGAGGAAGUGGAGCUCCGAGAAUUUGAGAAAAUUUCUCACUGAGGAGGGUAUACUUUUUAAGCAUGCGAAGAAAAAGAAAGGUAUGAUGAUUGGUUUCGUUAGUUUUGAAGAGGAAGAACAAAUGAAGAGUUCAUCUAAGGAUUUAGAAGGAAAAUCAAUUGGCAACAAAAGGCUAAAGGUUGCUGAUGUCAUUCCUCGAUCAUUUGAAAAGAAAAGUAACUCCGGUGUUGCUUUCCAACAAGAAUCCCCACAAAAUAUUGAUACUGCAUUAGAUAAGGAGAAUGAAGGGGUCGAUGUUCCUUCAAAUGGGGCAUUGGAUGCUGAAACAAAUGAUGAUAAUUUGGCGGUUGAUGGUUCCGUGUCAAAGACAAGAAGUUUGCGUGAUGUAGUGACCCCUCUAGCUCAUCUGUCCUAUGCUGAUCAAUUGGAGCAGAAGAAAAGCUCCCUCAUGCAGAUUCUCAAAAGACUUACUAGAAAUGCACGUAAAGCUUGUCCAACUGGGAUUUCUCUUCCUGAGUGGAUCCUCAAGUCUAGGGAAAUAGGUGGUCUUCCAUGCAAACUAGAGGGUAUAAUUGCAUCACCAAUUGUAAAUGGAUAUCGUAAUAAAUGUGAAUUUUCAGUUGGAUAUUCUCUGAAAGGCAAAAUAACAGUGGGCUUCAUGCUUGGAAACUUCAGCAGGGAGGGUGUAACAGCAGUUGAGGAAGCAGUGGACUGCCCAAAUGUUUCUACAGUUGCUUGCAAAUAUGCUACUAUCUUUCAGGAAUUUUUGCAACAUACUGAUUUACCAGUUUGGAACAGAUUUAAAAAUUCUGGAUUUUGGCGUCAAUUAACGGUUCGAGAAGGGAGGACAAAUGGGAAUGUUGUUGAUGCUGAUACUUUAGGCGGUAUUGCAGAGGUCAUGCUUAUUGUGCAGGUUUCUACUGCAAGCUUUGAUGAUGCACAAGUAGCUGCUGAAUUUAAGAGGCUUGCUCAGGCAUUUGUUGAAGGAGCUACUUCGCAUUGUCCAACAUUGCCCCUUACAGCUGUGGUUGUUCAGGAUCACCAAGGAAUAUCCAAUGUAGCACCAGCUGAUGCACCCCUGCGUUUAAUUCCCAUUCCUAAAGCAGUUGAUGAUCCUGAGAUGGAUGAAAGUAAUAAUGCCAUGGAUGUAAGAAUCCAUGAUUAUAUCAGCAAUCUCCGGUUCUCUAUAUCGCCAACAGCAUUUUUUCAGGUUAACACUCUUGCUGCCGAGAAGUUAUACUCACUUGCUGGAGAUUGGGCAUGCUUAGGUCCUGAUACAUUGCUAUUUGAUAUAUGCUGUGGGACAGGAACAAUUGGCUUGACAUUAGCACAUCGAGUUGGUAUGGUGAUUGGAAUUGAAAUGAACGCUUCUGCUGUAUCUGAUGCUCAUAGGAAUGCGGAGAUUAAUGGCAUAAAAAACUGCAGAUUUAUAUGUGCAAAGGCUGAGGACGUGAUGGGAUCCUUGUUAAGGGAACACCUAAAUGUGCCUAAGGAACAAGUUGAUGAUCCUAAUAUCUCUAGUAGUGGCAGCGACAUUCCUGAGGGUAGUGGGUGCCCAGAGCCUGAAAAUGGUGACAUGGCAUCUCAUUGUUCAGAAAAUGACAACACAGAAGUUGGAAGUGAGGUUCCGAAGGGUAGCACUUCCGAAAAUGGGAAUACUUCCACUCAACAUUUUAAAAAUGUUGUUGCUAUUGUUGAUCCUCCACGUGCUGGACUUCAUCCUACUGUGAUCAAAGCUUUGAGAACUCAUCCACGCCUGCGGAGGCUUGUUUACAUAUCCUGUAAUCCUGAAAGCUUGGUGGCAAAUGCUAUUGAGCUUUGUACGCCAUCCCCCAUAAAGAUUGAGAAAGGAAAUAAAGACAACAGAGGAUGGAGAAACAUGAGCAGUGCUGGUUUAGCACGGCAUAGGGCCAAGUCUAUGCCUAUAUCAGAGGCCUUCCAACCCAUUAAAGCUAUGGCUGUUGAUCUUUUUCCACAUACUCAACACUGUGAAUUGGUUAUGCUUCUUGAGAGAUAGGUGGGCCAGAGUUUGGGACUAAGUUUAUUUUGUUUGCUAUUCUCAAAUUCAUUUCUCCGAGAUUUUUUGCUGCAUUCUAAUCGGUGAUAGUAUGUUAGUGCUUGUUAAAUUUUGAUCUUGGGCACUGUGAAUUAUGCUCAAGCAUUACCUCCGAUUUUGCUGCGUGUAUCAUGAAGCAAUAUCUGCAUCUUGUCCUUUUCAUGGGGACCUAGUUUGAGUAUUGCUUGAAAGUUAUUUAGGGUUUUCCUGAAUUAUGGACAUUCUUUUUAAUUUCAUUAUGGUGCCCGGU